GUGUCCUCGGUGAAGACAGACAUGCGUCGGAUGGACGGCCUGCAGUCCGAGCUGGACUCCCUGCUGACCCGCUUGGCAGAGCUGGAAGAGAAGACCUCGCAGGUGGAGCACGGCAUGGUGAAACGCAUCGGAGACGUGCUGGCCGGCAGCAUCGACCGGGUCUCCAACCUCCGCGCCGCCUCCGAACGCAACACCCGGGCCAUCGACCAGCUCCGCGGGCGUCUMCCCGCACUCGCCGCCGCGGACGAGCAGAUCUCGGAGCGCCUGAGGGAGCUGGAGGGCAGCCGAGCUCGCCUCAUCAGAACCGUGACGUUCGCCGCUGACCUUAAACCCAAGGUGGCGUCUAUUAAAAGAGACUUUGGGGCGUUUGAGCCGCAGCUGUCCGACUUGACUCUACGGAUCGGCCGACUGGCGGAAGAUCUCACCAAGAGGGAGCAGGAGAUCGCCGAGCUGCGACAGACUUUAUCCAACCUUACUGCAGUCGAAGGAGAUCUCAGCCUCACAGCUAAACACGUUAAUGAAAUAUCUGAUUUAUCAGGCAUUAGAGAGACACACCCACCAACAUGAAAAUAAAACAUCUUAGACGUUUUACUGUUAUCAUAUCACCUGUCACACUGUUGUUUUACCCAAUGUCAUUGGAAUCAGGGUUGUAAACAUUUCAUCAAAAUUUAUAAAAACAUGAAUUAUGUAUUGUCCAAAGUGAAAAA